CAAUCUUGCAUCACUUUGCUGGGGCCACGGUCGAGUGUGUAUGGGGGAUAAGUUUACAAUGUCACCCCAGUCCCUCCUCCAUGGGUGUCGGCUUUCAGCGAGCGCGACCAGUGGCUGUCACCAGUGCUGAUGGACUAACACUUCUCCGUAGCAGGGAUCCAGCAAGCGUCUCAUGCUGGGCUCCUCUGGGAACACCCCGCUGCCAGGGCCUUUUCUCUGCAGGGCGGUUUUAUCAGAGCAGAGAGACAUCCCCACCUGUUAGCAUUCGCGCUCAGGAUCAGCAGUAGUUUUGGAGCAGGGGGAGAGCAAGAGAGCCCGGCCCGAUAAAGGAUUGGUUCCGUUUGUGCAUCCACGCCGUGUCCGGGAUGGCAGAGGUGGGGCGGAGAAAGACACCUGCCAUUGCUGCUCAUGAGACCGGCCCCGGGCCGGGACAGUACCGUCUGCCUCCUACUGUCGGAUUUGUCAACCACGACUACACCAAGUUAACCAGCCCAGCUUAUUCCUUUCACAGGAGACUCAACAAUGGCGUGUACUUCAAAGAUUCAAGCCCAGGUCCCUGCUAUUACGUGGACCCGCAACUCACUCGCUUUGGCAGGAGCGGAGGCCCAUCCUAUUCCAUGCUGGCGAGAUCAAAGACCCUGGCACAGCCACGGACCCCUGGACCAGCCAGGUACAGUCCAGAGAAAGCCCCACCUGUCACCCAGCGCAGGCCGCCGUCUUUCACCAUAGGAUCUCGUACCAAGUACCGGCGGGUGGAUCCCGUCCCUGCCCCGAACAGCUACGCUCUCCCCUCGCUGCUGGGCUCCUGGGUCCCCAGCAAACCGUCCAGCCCUAGUGUCACCAUCUCAGGAUGGAACAAACACGGUGGCUUUUCUGAGGACUGGUCCCAAACGCCCGGCCCCGGCCAUUACAACAGGACAGACCCCAACACCUACUUGCACCGGGCACCUGCCUUCUCCAUGCGGGGGCGACGCAGUGCGCCCGGGGCCCCCUUCCGGACACCGGGGCCUGGAACGCACAGCCCCGAAAAGGUGACCGCCCACAAGACAAGAGCCCCAGCCUACUCCCUGGGUGUCCGGCACUCCGAAUUUGUCACUCCUCUCAUUGUGGAUGUUUCCCAGUGACAGAGCAGCGGGGCAGCAAAUCCCUUGAUUUCCCUUCCCUGCCUUGAUCUACUGGCUCUCCAGUGACUCAGACUGGAAGCUCUUCGCUUUUCCCCCAGCCCAUUCAUGACACACAGUCCUGGGAGAGCUUCCAAGCAG